UCCAAAACCCAUUUCCGAAACCAACCAUAUAUAUAUAUAUAUAUAUAUAUAUAUAUAUAUAUAUAGACACUGUUAGGAGAAGGAGACAUAUUUUGAAGGAUAUGUUCGCGUGCGUUUCGAGGGGCUUUUCCAUUCUUCUGUCCUGCAUGUUGCUGGAACCCGUGUUUCCCAUGCAGAAUCAGAUGUGCGACAUGAUGAAGGAGCUAGACAAGGAGAGGCAUCUGUGUGAGGCUCAAAUUGAGAACAAAACGUCAGGUUGCGGUGGUACAUGGGACAAAAUCACCUGCUGGCCAAAUGCUGAUGUUGGAGAGAUGAUCACCAUCCAGUGCCCCAAAUAUCUCUUCUACUUCUCCAGGGAGAUUCCAACACGUAACCUGUCCAAGACUUGCACUGAAGAUGGCUGGUCUCCGAUUAGCAUUGACUCCUACAUAAUGGACUGCGGCUAUAAUCCCAAUAACACCGUGGAUGAUGAUGAUACGGGAGACUUCUUUGGUGCUGUCAAAGUGGGUUACACCAUCGGUCACAGCGUGUCGCUUAUUUCUCUCGCCGUAGCCAUCAUCAUACUGUGCCUCUUCCCGAAACUGCACUGCACAAGAAACUACAUCCACAUGCAUCUCUUUGUGUCGUUCAUCCUCAAAGCCAUCGCUGUCUUUAUCAAGGACGUUGUUCUGUAUGACGUCGGUGAGACGGACACCUGCCAUUCAUCUGUGGGUUGCAAGGCAGUGGUGGUAUUCUUCCAAUAUGGCAUCAUGGCCAGUUACUUCUGGCUGCUGGUAGAAGGCCUGUAUCUCCAUGCACUCCUCGCUGUCUCCUUCUUCUCAGAGAGGAAGUACUUCUGGUGGUACAUCCUGAUUGGCUGGGUGGCUCCAACCAUCUUUAUCUCAGCAUGGGUGAUAACAAAGGCUUAUUUAAAUGAUCUUGGAUGCUGGGAGAUGAUUAAUGACAAACCUUGGUGGAUCAUCAAAACGCCCAUUCUUGUAACCAUUCUUGUGAGUGACAUUGCUUUCUUUGCGGGUGAUAUUUACCACGCGGCUCGAAACAAAUGCACUUACAUUCUUUUUCGGCAGGUCAACUUUUUUCUCUUCAUCUGUAUAAUCCGGAUUUUACGCCAGAAGAUGAAUUGUCCCGACAUUGGAAGAAAGGAAUCAAAUCAGUACUCGAGACUGGCUAAAUCCACGCUGCUCUUGAUACCUCUCUUUGGGAUCAACUACAUCAUCUUUGCCUUCAUCCCGGACCACAUCCACCGACAGCUGAGGAUGGUUUUUGACCUUAUCCUAGGGUCAUUUCAGGGUUUUGUCGUUGCUGUCUUGUACUGUUUCCUUAAUGGAGAGGUACAGGCGGAGAUUAAGCGUAAAUGGCGCAGAUGGAUGUUACAGCGCUUCCUGGGCACAGACGCAAAGUACCAGCAGCCCUCCAUUGGCAGUAAUGGGAACAACUUUAGCACCCAGAUCACCAUGUUAACCAAAUGCAGCCCCACGGCCCGGCGAGCAUCUGCUUGUCAGGAGCACUUCUCAGCCAUCUGACAACUCGGCUCUGCACAUACUGAGUGGGUGACAUAUUUAAGCGAUGCAGUUAGAUGUGGGUGUCCCCGAAGGUCUGCGCGACCUUUUAGUUUGACGUAGUUCCUUCGACUCUGAAAGUGCUGAACUUUGUUCUUUGCGCAUCACUUUCCAAGUGAUGCGCAGCCACAAUGGAAGUCAGGAGGAACCUUCAUUGACGCGCGGCUGACAGCACUGACAGGAACAUGUUUAAUAUCGCACCGAAAUACAACCCAAGAGAUAUUUCAAAAGCAUUGUAAAUUGCAAUUAAAUAAUGGGUGGAUGGAGAGCGAGAUGCGUAGAGUCCUAUAAAAAAAAAAAAAAAGGAGCAUGUUUUACUUCUAGACCACCUGGGUUAUGUGGCGCAUGCACUUAACCUAAUAGCCCAUGUUGUUUUGUUUAUUAAAAAACCUUUAGCAUUCCCAACGUACUGGACCUACUUAUCCAGCUCGAGGCAUUUUUUUUUUUUAAUGAGACCUUAUUGCUGUUUGACAUUCCACAGUGGAGACCGAUGAAGCUUGUUCAUCUCGGAUUACUGAGACUUUUAUUUUCCCGCGUAGUCGUCCUUGACGUCGCAUGAAGGACUUUCCAUUCUUGGUCCACAACACAUAACGUACGUUAUUAAGUGGUAACAGUGAUUGGUGUUUGUUAUUUUCACCACAGGGUUAAGUUCAGAAGUAUUUGGACAGCCUUUAUAUAUCCCCUGGCGGCACAACAGCAAUGACGAUUGAUCACGUUGAUUGUUUUUAUUGCGAACCCUCGUGGUGAUGUUUGAAGGCAAAAUCCCUAAAACCUUACUGUCACUGUCCAAAUACGUUUGUACUACUUACGGGGUUUUUGCCUGUUCAUUCAGUCAGUUCUUUGGUGCAGACAUCAUGAGAAGUUGUUAUUGUGAGUAAAAUAUUUUUAACUAUUGGAUUGAUGUUGUUAAAUGUUUGGGGGGGGGGACAAGGUGUGAAUCAAACUCUUAUCUGUGUAGCGUAUAUGGGUUAAAUAAAAAUUUAAUUAAUUUUGGAGACCAGAAUGAGCUGGAAGCGAGGCCUGCGUUACUUCCGGUUGAGUGUAAUUUUAAAUUACAGCGUUAUAAAUCAAGGUA